UCAACUAGGACACAAGACAUCUCUCUGUUCCCUCACAACCAUUCCUGUACCAGCUAUGGCAACUUUUGUGGAGCUCAGCACCAAAGUCAACAUGCCCAUUGUGGGCCUAGGCACUUGGAAGUCUCCUCCAGGCAAAGUCAAAGAAGCUGUGAAGGCAGCCAUUGAUGCAGGAUAUCGCCACAUCGACUGUGCCUACACCUAUCAGAAUGAGAAUGAGGUGGGAGAAGCCAUCCAAGAGAAGAUCCGAGAGAAGGCUGUGAGGCGGGAGGACCUCUUCAUUGUUAGCAAGUUGUGGUGCACAUUCUUUGAGAGAAGCCUAGUGAAGGAGGCCUGCCGGAAGACCCUGGAGGACCUGAAACUGGACUACCUGGACAUCUACCUCAUUCACUUUCCACAGGGGCUUCAGGCUGGGAAGGAACUCAUUCCCAGAGACGACAAAGGCAAUAUCCUCCCCGGUAAAGCCACAUUCUUGGAUGCCUGGGAGGUCAUGGAGGAGCUGGUGGAUGAGGGAUUGGUGAAAGCCCUUGGUGUCUCCAACUUCAACCACUUCCAGAUCGAAAAGCUCUUGAACAAGCCUGGACUGAAAUAUAAACCAGUGACUAACCAGGUGGAGUGUCACCCAUACCUCACCCAGGACAAACUGAUCCAGUACUGCCACUCCAAGGGCAUCACUGUCACUGCCUACAGCCCUCUGGGCUCUCCAGAUAGACCGUGGGCCAAGCCAGAGGACCCUUCACUGCUGGAAGAUCCUAAGAUUAAGGAGAUCGCUUCGAAGCACAAAAAAACCACAGCCCAGGUUCUGAUCCGGUUCCAUAUCCAGAGGAAUGUGGCAGUGAUUCCCAAGUCUGCCACCCCUACACACAUUAUGGAAAACUUUCAAGUCUUUGACUUCAAGUUGAGUGAUGAGGAGAUGGUGGCCAUCCUUAGCUUCAACAGAAACUGGAGGUCCUGUGUUAUACCUGGCACAUCUUGUUUGGAGGAGUAUCCUUUCAAUGCCGAAUAUUGAAGCUAAAUCACAUGAGAUGACCAGAAGGAUGCUGCCUUCUCACUGCUGUGGAACUCGCUUCCUGUGAGCCCUGUUUCAGCCAAGGUUUUCUGUACCCAUGCUUCACCUGGUCUUGUUGCAAUCAGAUUCUAGGUAGUGAUGUAUUUAGAGCCUCUGUUCAAUAAGGAGCAGAUAUCACUGCAAAGUGUGAUUCAAAUGACAACUUUGUUUCACUUCUCUGAUCUGUCCAAAUGUUUGUUAAAUGUCACGAACUCUGCUAACAUUGAGGAUACAAUGAUAAAAAUAAUAAAAAAU